AUGUCGCCUACGCCUAGCCAGGCUAACUCUAAGCUCAUCUCCACGGGACCUUUGGAUCCUGCUGAAGCAAGAUGGAUUCGAUUGGUGAAACAAACAUACAACGACCCGCUCGGUGUUCAGAGAACGUGGGAAUCCGCAGAGCGGCAGACCCGCCCUGCCAAUGCUGAGAUCGACGGCGUGGGGAUCGUUACUAUUUUGAACAAACCGACGGGGCCUGAACUUCUCCUACAGAAACAAUAUCGUCCUCCCAUUGACAAGGUCGUUAUCGAGGUCCCGGCUGGGCUUAUCGAUGCGGGUGAAACACCGGAACAGUGCGCAGUACGCGAAUUGAAAGAGGAAACGGGCUAUGUCGGUGUAGCGGAGCAGACAAGCCCGGUAAUGUAUAACGAUCCCGGGUUUUGCAACACCAAUCUCAAUAUGGUCCAUGUCCGGGUUGAUAUGAGCCUUCCUGAAAAUCAGAACCCGAAGCCAGAGCUUGAGGACAAUGAAUUUAUCGAGUGCUUUUCAGUUCCCCUGGCUUCCUUAUUCGAAGAGACCAAGCGAUUGGAAAAGGAGGGCUAUGCGAUCGAUGCUCGAGUUGGCACCCUGGCCGAAGGAAUGGAAUUGAUGAAGAAAUGGAAGCUCUGA